UUCUAUUUUUAAAGGGGCCGUUUAACGGAGACCGAAGAAUAGCAAGUGUCCGUUAUAGUAAGAGACGAAUGAGUCUGCGGAGAGAAGUCAUUUCUUUGCUCAACAUCCUUGAUAGGGACCGUAAAGUGAUGAGUGUGUUAAGGACUGAUAAGAAAUGUGACUGUUAAGAAAACAAGAUAUGGUUGCUAGUAAAAGAUAAAAAGGUAGUUCAAGAUAAACUUGAGAGGGAUUUGUUUCCCCCUUAGGGUUUUCCACAUGUCUCAUAGUUAAAAAAACAAAACAAAAACAAAGACAGUGACAUGUUUUAGGAGACUGAGUAGAUUUGGGAAAAUCUGGAAAUCUUGGAAAAGCCAUUGUUUAAAUUUAAAAUAAAGAAUUUCUUCUCCACAAAUAUUCACUGGUCAUUAAAAUACUGACUAUUUAAAGUAACACAGUUUUAUUUUAAAAAGGAAAUAGCAAGAUUUGUGUAGUUCUACGAUAUGAUAGAUGUGGUAAAUGGAGGAAGCUAGCAGGAAGUGUGACAAGUGGAAAACUAAAAGACAACAAGGGGAAGGUGUCUGACAAGGUCAACCAGAAACAGAUCUUUACGCAUAUCAAAAGGAUAUUUUUACUACUAAAAGUUAGAUUCAUAGAUUUUUUUAUUAGUAUAAAUAUAAACAAAUAACAUAUUGGGUUGAAUCCUAAAUCAUGAAUAUAUGUUCCACAUGAUGAGGCACUUGAUGAAAACAAGCCCACACUUUUGUUCCACUAACUCAUCACCAAUGCUUCUGCUGCUAACUCCCCCAGGCUGCUGCUGCGCCUUCUGGUUCCUCCCACCUCCAUCUCAUUCUGCUAGGAAAUGAAGCCACGUGAACUUUAUCAUCAAACUACAACCUUAGAUUUGUGUCAGACAGGUUUUUCCUAAAGAUUUUUGGACUUGACAUGUAAAUAAUUUGCUGUGAAAUACGUGAACUUGAGUGCUACUUUAAUUCUCAUGGUUGGCAUGAGUUACAACUAGCUAGACAUUAUGAUCAUGGAUAAUCUAGAGCCAUGAUAUCCUGUUAAUGGGUGCUAUCAUGUCGAAGUUUUGACACAAAAAUAGUGAGGCUGAAAGUCCCGCCCACCACACGUGGUGUUUUUUACUAAGGGAUUAAAGAGGAUGUAAAACUCACUUUUGCAUCCUUUUGUGCUGUCAUGUGAGUCUCUACUGUCUCUAUAAACACUUCUAACUUGAAUAGAAAAUUUUUAUCAGUUUUUUUGUCAGUAUUAUGUGCCUGAAACAAGCCGUUUCAAAAAGUCCCUCGUUGUGAUGUCACAAUAAAGGAAAUUAGUUUGGAACCACCGUCAUCUGUUAAUGCUGGAGGAGCAGUGGCUCUAUUCCAAGUCAUUUCCAGAUAUUUGAGCUCCUCACCUUGAAGCAGCCAAUAAGUAGAGGAGAUCAAUUUCCCUCUGGGAUUAAUAAAGUAUUUUUGAACUGAAUCGAAUUGUGAGGGCGUGGCCAGCAAGAACUAGUGGUGUGUUCUAUUUACCUCAGACGUUGGAUCUUGGAACUGGGAAUGAUCACACCAUGGUUACCAUAGUUGGAGAAGCUGGGAUUCUAACAAGGCCACGCCCUCGUAAAUGGCUGUUUUGUUAGCUCUCAUUGUACACAAACGACACACGCAAACACUUUUAGUUUGUUCAGCUAAGAGUUGCAAGCGCUACACGCAACAUUGAUUUUAAAUGCACUCUUAUAAGUGCGUCUUGUAAAAUAUACACAUUUGAACCAAAACUUACUGUUGUUGAUGGUCGAGCUGCCACUUUGGAUGUCGGUGUUGUGAAAUUCUUCAGCGUUUCCGACCGGGAGGUCCGACUUUUGGGGGCGUUUCAUUGGAUCUUUCCUACUUAGAAGUCAGGACUUCCAAGUUCCGAGGGCAAAUCAAAUGCUCCACAGUUUCCCUCAAAGUGACAAACGGUUCAUUCUGGAAUGUACUGAAAAUAUCAAAGAUAAAGCAGCUGAAAUAACUCUGUGAGAGGAAUUUUGUGCAAAAGGCAUCAUGAACAUGCUUUGUGUCGAUCACAGAACUAAAGUUAUAACAUGGCCCUUUUAAAUAACUAAUUACAGCUAAGAGUAUGAGAAAAACAAGACAAUAUACAAGAAUACAGGAAACCUACACAAAUCAGCUGAUGUUGACGAAAUGUUUGUGAGUUGAAUUAUUUUUAUAAAUAACACUGUGUCUGAAUCCUAUACUGAAACCAGCCACCAGGGGGACUUUUGACCUGUUCUGACUUUACUACGUGAUAUGAAGUUUCAGUGGCAGCUCCAGAAUUUUUUUUCUGCAGGUGCUAUGAGGGAGCUAGUCUUUUUAUUGAGGGUGCUAUGAAGGAAGUGGUCAUGUAUACCUAUUGUUCUCUAAAACACCUUCAACACUAGCAGAUACACAUGCGUGCACAAAACCUCAACAACACCUGAAGCAAUCAUUGAUAUACAACAUAAACAUGUGAACAAUCGCCAACUUUUCCAUGAAAUCAUGAACACAUACAGUCACACAGAAAACCAUCUACAGUGUUGCAAGGUUAGCUAACGUUGGUGUUAGCAUUUCCAGCGGCAAAACCCUCGACUGCUGCGGCGGUUGAGGGUUGACUCUCUUCAUCCAGAUCCGUAGGUUUUUGUGGGUCUGAGAUCACUUCCAAAGGUGAAUUCGUUUCUGACAGAAUCCGUGGAAAUUUGGGCAACAAACACCGAUCCAUUUUACCACUAGCUCUACCUUUCACUCGUUUACAGGUGGAAAAUGAGGUCAAAGGUUAACAUCAAUUUCCUGUUUUGGUUAAAGUUUUUACUAUCUAUAUGAUAAGUUACUGAUUAUUUUUGUUUUGUGUGUAAAAUAUUAUCACAUCCACACGUUAAAUUAAAAUUAAAUUGUAAAAAGAAAAAAAUCUAAUAUUUACUUGGGGGUGCAAUGUCCAGGGGUAGCUAUAGCGCCCCCCUGGCACCGCCACUGGCGCCGCCACUGGCAAGUUUAUGUCUAAUAUUUGUUUAUAUUGAUAACUCAAACUUAAUUAUCAGACAAAAUCAGCCAUUGCUUUAAUACAAGACUGCACACACACACACACACACACACACACACACACACACACACACACACACACACACACACACACACACACACACACACACACACACACACACACACACACACAUUGAAACCUCGAUCUGAAUCAAGCAAGUUAAGGACAGUUAGCGAGUCACAGAGAGCCUCUAGAAAACAGUUUUUUUAACACAGACUGCCACAGAAACCACAAUGUGGAUCACCUUGGAGAGAAUCACAGAUUUAAGUAGUCAGAUGAAACAUCAGUGUAAGAUACCAGUAAAGACUAGAGAGAAAAAAAAUAAUCAAGCAAUCAAAUCUUGUUUUCUGUGAAAGAAAAAGGGGCUAGGAAGUGGUUUAGUUUGUCUCUGUGAAACAGAAAAAAAAGAAAAGUGAGUUAAAAGAAAAGUGUUUUCAUUUUUCGGCCAGACUAGAUCAGGGGAAGUCCAAAUGUCAGAGGAAGAUAAACAUGCAGAGCUCAAAUGUUCCCUUAUCAAAGGCAAUUUACAGAAGUGCACAGUUCCCUAAGUUAGAAGGAGAUUUUGAAUCUCACUGUGCAGAACUAGGGGAUUUGUGAGGUCUGCGGAGGACAGUCAUUCAAAUUUCCAGAGUUCACUGACAUUAAACAGCGUUAUCAGUCAUAUGACAGCUGAUUAAAGAGCCACAUGCUUUAGACAAAAUAAUCCGUUGAGUUACUUCAUACCUGCUUUUUCGAUUCAACAUAGAAAUAAAACAAGACGGAGUAGAAGAUUUAGCUUCCUCAGUAGGUUAUUUUUUUUACAAAUUCCUUAAGUAUUAUUUUCUUAUUGUGCCUUUAAUAAUAAUAAUAAUGCAUUGAACUUAUAUAGCGCUUUUCUAGACACCCAAAGACACUUUCCACACACUCUCACAUUCACACACUGCUAGUGAUGAUAAGCUACUUGUAGCCACAGCCGCCCUGGGGAGGUCUGACAGAGGCGAGGCUGCCAUUUGGCGCCGUCGGCCCCUCUGACCACCACUAACACAGGCAAGUUGGGUGAAGUGUCUUGCCCAAGGACACAACAGCAGGAUACCCCUGGCGGGAGCUGGAGUCAAACCCAUGACCCAUGAUCAUGAGGCAACCCGCUCUACCACCUGAGCUACUGCUGCCCCUUUGAUCAGUUCCAACUAAAAACAGUUUCUAAAUCCAAUUAUUUUAGCUGCCUUUUGAGACAUGAAAAAUCUACAAAUGGGUCUUUUUGACAAUUUUUAUUGAACAAAUUAUUGAAUGAAUGACCCGCACUUGUAUAGUAAAAGCUAAAGUCCCAUUAGUCAUCAUCACUCUGGUAAAAAAUAAAGCUCUGCAUUUGACCCAUCCACACGGGGAGCAGCAAUGGCCACGCUCGGGAACUACUUGGUGGUUACUUUGUGGUAAAUAUGUAUUACUUUUUCAUUAAAAAACAAAAGGCCUUUUCAUCCAACACAUUCACCUCAAAUCUGAGAAUCAUGUUGCUGAAAGUCCAUUCUAUUUUCGUAAAUAAAGAGUCUGGACACGGGCUGUCGAACCCACCCAGUCUUGGGGUGAAUCUACUGGCACAUUUAUGGGCCAUUCCCAUCUGUACCGGGUCGGCCCGGGCCGGGUAGCCCCAGUCGGCCCCAGCCUGGCCCGGUUGAUUCCACACAUCCUUGCCUUAAGCCCAUGUGGGCUGAUUCUACCCACCAAUCAGAGGCUUGCUCUAAUGGAAGGUGUGAAUGGGCUGAUUCUACCCACCAAUCAGAGGCUUGCUCUAAUGGAAGGUGUGAAUGGGCUGAUUCUACCCACCAAUCAGAGGCUUGCUCUAAUGGAAGGUGUGAAUGGGCUGAUUCUACCCACCAAUCAGAGGCUUGCUCUAAUGGAAGGUGUGAAUUUGCUGUCAGCAGUGGGCGUGUUGGCCCUGGUCGGCCUGAAGCAGUACCCCUCGGGAAGAGGGCCGAGAAUGAGCCUUGGUUGGCCCGGGAAAAUUCCAGGCCACCCAGAUAUGUAAACAACCUACGCUACCCGGCCCGGGCCGACCCGGUACAGGUGGGAAUGGGGCUUUACAUCUGGGUCGGCCCAGUCCAGUCUUGGUAGCGUCCGGCCGGUCACACACAACCAGGUUUUGUUCACACAACCUUCUUGGGAACACGGAAAUCUCCGAGCACACACGGAGAAGACCAUAGUGUCUUCCUUAAUUAGUAAACAAAGACGACUGUGCAGUAUUGCUUUUGGAGGCUCUGACGCUGAUAUUGCAUCCUGCUCUGUCUCUCAGUGAGAGCGCUGUGUGCGCUCUUUCCAGCAGUCUGUCCUUGCACUGGAGCUGCAGCUCCCAGCAGCAAUCUGAGGAGAUGUUUACUCCCCAGUCUCCUGACUGCUGCUGUGGGAAGCCCCUGCUGGCUGAUUUUACCCGCCAAUCGGAGGCUCCCCUUGAAGGUAGGCAUGGAUUUCAGCCGGCCAAUCAGUUGGCAGUGGGUGUGUUAGGUCAGUUCAGGCCAAAGUGGACUGCCGGGAAAGAAGGUCUGAAAAAAUGGUCGGUUGAGCUCAGAAAACGCACAGAUGUGAACAAAAAAUACCCUACUGAGGUCAGGCUGUGCUGACCCAUACGUGAAAGCACCACACGGUCUCUUCACGCCUUUGGACACAUUUGCACAGCGCUAAGACCAAUCAGAGCAACUAACAAUGUGACCUAUUCAUCGCUAUGGAUGUCGGUCAUCGGGGCGUACACCAUCAAAGGAGAAUCAAGUGAAUUAUUUUUCUAUAAUGACCUAAGUGUGGUUAUCUUCUCAUGUGUCAAAAAAAUCUCUAUAGUCUAAAUUAUUCAAGGUUGAUGCUAAAGCCGCUUCAAAAGAGCGCCAGUCCUGAGCCAACUCAAUCUUUGUUGUUUUUCUCUGUUGUAGCUCUAGGGUUAAGCCCACCUAACAAGCACAGAGGGCUGUGAUUGGCCAGACAGAAAACUGGCAAGGCCAGUGGUGUAACUGCUGAGGCUACAAUGGAGCGUGGCUAUAUCGACCUGCAGUGCAACAUCUUUUUGCUUUUGAUAUUGUUGGGCUAGAUUUCUAGGCUAAGAAACAAACAUUUCAGGAAAAAAAAAAGAAACGCAUUUCAAAGUUUUUUUCUCUCUAAUUAAACUGUUUAUUGCUGUUUCAGCAACAACAAAAAAUGCAACCAACUAUUGGAUAUAUAUUUAAAGGUGAGCCUCAAUGACAUGCAGAUAAAUUCAAAUUUAUGUCUUGAUUAAAGAAAUGUGAACAAAAAUGUGAUUUAUUAAGGAGGGGUGGUAUAAAUAUGUUAUCUACAGAUCUGCUUUGUAAAAAAGGUUUUAUAAAAGAAGAACUAAUUUCACUCAUUUACAAUCAACUCUACUUCUCCUUGUUUCUCCUAACGUGCGAUUAGACACCUCCUCAUCCUUUUUUGUGUUUCCUUCUACGUAGAUAACGACUAACGCUAUUUCUAAUCUGACUAUAAGUGUUUAUCGAGUGCGCGGUAAGUGUCAACGGCAGGAUGUGCACCUGUCAAAAUGUUUGGAACAUUUGAUGAUUUUCAGAGAAAACAUUCUGACCUUUAUUAGACAUAAAAAAAACACAUCAGAAAACAGGUGACCCAAAAAAGCGAGGAUGCGGACUUCCCCUCAGCGUGGAAAUGAGACAAAAUAUAAUCAGCGCUGGGUAAAAUAAGGUGGUUUAUCUGUUAGCAAUCUGAGUUUAGAAAGCUUUUGCUGUCAGACCCAUCUUUCUUUGCAGUUUUAAACAGUUUUUUCACUUUCUUUGUAUCUCUCUAGUUGUACAUAAUUAAAAGCGUCAUUUUAGAGUGAAAAAUGAUGAAUCCACAUCAAUUUUUAAUAUUUCAUGCAGCGAUUGUUUAGCUACAUUCACUAUGCCAUUUAAGUGGUCGUUUCGCCUGCAGCACAACUUUUCUGCUCCGAGUGUUGAAAUGUGCAAAAUAACAUAAAAAUGUGCUGCAGUUCAAAUCAAAUUGCACUUUUGAAACAAAAUAAUAAUAAUUAUAGUGACAAAAACUGUUGCAGAAGCAGCACUUAACCCAUAUUCUGACCACAUUGUGGGCUUCUUGUUUUUUCCUGUUCCACCUGCAUGCAGAAGCAUGUUCUCAAUAGGAGCUAAUGCUGCCGUUUAUGUUUUAGGAGACGGGUGACAGCAGACGAACUUCUCUCUUGCAUCAUUGUAAUAAUCAGUUACCGGUUAAUUUAGCUAAACGUAUUUAGACAAAGGGGACUUUUUUUAAGCGCAUCUGAGAAGAGAUCUUAAAAAAGAGGAUAUAAGACGAGCAUUGCCUCUGCAGCUUUGACCAGACUCUGGGCAGCUUCCCGAACAGGAUGAGGAGAAGAAGGAAGAAGCAGUGAAUUGAAGAGGAAAUAUAAUCCAUCGGACUUGCACAAUCACAGAGGUUUAAAUUUCACCCAAAGAUGGAGCAAAAGAAGAAAUCACAUUUUCUGUUGCUUUUAUUCAAUCUGCUUCACAUGUGCAAAAGUGAAGUUUGUCCCAAACAAAACGCGAAUCUCAUUUGCUACAAUGACUACAGUCAUAACAUCACUUGUGUUUGGAAAAGCUCAUCCGGGUCUGAUCUUCCUGGUGAAAAGUGCACAUUACACGGGCAGAGGACCAAAGGAAAUUUUUACACUGAUUCCUGCACUCUGCAGCCGUUUGACGCCUCCAGACCAGGUCUUAAAACAUGCUCUCUGAUCCUCGGCCCAAUUUUCACCUUUGCAAUAUAUGAUCGGAUCCUCGUCACUGUGAGCUGCCUCGCUUCAAACCACAGCGAAACCAUUCUCUACAAACCAGCUUGUUACAUUAAAUUGAGUCCUCCAGAGAAGCCUGACGUUAACAUCAACACUGUCUCCUGGGUCCCCCAAGUUGAAGAACAUGAUAUGAUUUCAAUGUAUGCCUCACAGCUGGAGUGGAAACAUCAGGAUCAGUCAUGGAGUGAUCCCUCUGUUCAGGAACAGAAAAAGAGCAGUAUCCAUACAUGGAACUUUAAGGAAAACCUGGAUCCUGAUUUACUGGUUCAGGGUGAAACGUACGAGGCCCGUGUUCGUGUGAUGGUGGAGGAGAAGGGCUUAGAAGGAACGUGGAGUGACUGGAGUCCCACUGAGUCGUGGGUGUCACAAGUUGGGAAAAUCAGACAACCAUCAGCAGGGAUAUCUGUGAACAUUUUGAACGUGUCUGUUUUUGGCUUGGCAAUGUUUGGUUUGAUGCUGCUUGUUGCCACCAUUGGGACAAAGAAAACGACUUGGGUUUACAUGGUAAGGAAGAUGACAAAUCCACCCAUACCGAACCCUGCAAAAUCUGCACAUUUUCAGAACUGGUCAAGUCCAAACUUCACCAGUGAGUCCAUUCACUCCUUCCUGAAACCAGUGGAGAUCGUCUCUGUUGAAGUCACCUCCAGCGUGGAUGCCGUCACGUUCUGUGAACCAGAUAUGAAAACGAUGCCAGAAAGCAUCAGCCGCGAGUCCUCUGGUUCCAGCUUCUCCAACCCAAGCUACUCUGAGCUUUGUUCUUCUUCCACCAAGUCCUCAGCCGCAGCUGGAGACCUGAUGCCCUGCUCCAUGGAUGCUCCUUACAAGCCUGUUUGUGGCCAGGGAGAAGAGAAGAACCCAGAACAGGGUAGAGAGGGAGCUUCAGAGAAAGACAUGGAGAUCAUGAAGUUAAUUCUUAAUGGCAGUAGUGACAGCAAGGCGGUGAAGAUGAUUUCAGAAUACGAGAAGGUUAAGGACGUCCAGGUGGAGCGUUUCAGGCUACGCAGUGUUGAUUCAGGCAUGUGCAGCUGUGAGGAGGUCAGUCAGGAGAGCAUGGAGGUAGAUAGCAUCAACAUGACAGAUGGACAGGAGGAGGCAAGUCCAAGUGAAGAGAAGAAGAAAGGAGGGGAUGGGAUGAAGGUAGAUCACUUAAAGUUGGUUGGGAGGAGUGGGGGCAUGUUGGGCAGAAACACCAUUCAGGUUUGUCUGGAUUACAAACCAUUCCCAAAGCUGCAGGCUGGAAGUCCCGAGCUUCCAAGCCUGGAUUCAGGAAUUAGCUGCAGAGAGGAAGAGCGUGAGAGUCAGGAUGAUAAACCUGCUCACUUCCUGUCCCCUCCCCAUCCUUCCACUCAAUUUAAUUUUCCGAGUCCACUUCUGCCCGCCCUUCCAUGUAUGUUUGAGAAGAUUCCUCUGAUGUCAGACAGCAUGCCGCUGCUGCUCUGUGAUGACGGCUACAAGCCGGUGAGACAGGAGCAGGCCUAGAAACAGACAGCAGGCCUCACAUGAACAUCUGAAGGAUCCAGCAGACCUACACAAUCAGAUCUAUGAACUUAGUCCUCAGGAAUUGUUCAGUGUUUAACAACCAAAAGUGAAAGGUGGUUUUAAUUAUUUUAUAUAUUUUAUUUGACAUUUUAAUCAUGUCUGCCUUUCAUAUUCUAAAUUUUAAUCAAGAUCACUCAUGAACAUUUGGUGUCCAGUUAAGGGCAAGAAAUUCACAAUUUUUUUGCUUUUUUAUUGCUUUUCCCCUAAUUUAUGAUCAAACAAUGGGUGCACAACUGAUGCUGGUUGUACGCUGCUUUUUCAUAGUCAGUAACUGUUUUUGUCAGCAAAGGCAGUUUUGGUUUUAUGUCUUGCAACAGGACUGAAGUUUAAAUCCCGCAUAUUGCAAUUAAAUAUUUUUCCUCCUACCCAACCCGUUCGUGCCACUUCAUAAAAAGUCCCAUAGCAUGUCAUAAUUACGAAAAUGACUUUCAACUUCAUGAUUGUGAGACUCAAAGUCAAACUUGAAUGCCACAAUCUUUGUUAUUUCUUUCUGGAAACAGCCUUCUGCAGUUUCAUGUGUGCUUGGCAGCUAUUAUACAUUUCACUGAUUUGUCAUACUUGCAGAAUGACCAACAGAAUCCACAAGAUAAAAGGUAUUUAAAGUAUCCAUCCAUCCAUCCAUCCAUCCAUCCAUCCAGUGUAUGAAUUUGCUACUAGUCAGGUCCUCAUAAAGACAGCUGGAAUGGGCAGGGUUUUACAAUCAAAAAUAAACAGCAAGAAAAAAAAUUGGAAGGCAUCUAUGAAGACUAGUUGGACAUACAGUAUUUACUUAUGAAUUCAAUGUUCAAAAGUUUUGAAACAUUUAAAACUUAUAUAUUGUGACUGCUCAAAUCAACACACAUCAAGAGUGUGAUGAGAAUCAGCUCCCCUAAAUCUGAGACCAUGGUCUUCAGUCAGAAAUAAGUAGAAUGCCUUCUCGAGUGAGGGCAAUAUCAAUAGGGAGAUUGGUGCUGCGUCUUCAGUGAUGUGGGCUUUGUUCUGGUCUGUCGUGGUGAAGAGAGAACUCUGGAUUUGCCGGUCGAUCUACGUUCCUACCUUCACCUAUGGUUACGAGCUUUGGGUAGUGACCGAAAGAAUGAGAUUGCGGAUAUAAGCAGCUGAAAUGAGUUUUCUCCGCAGGGUGGCUGGGCUCUCCCGUAGAGACAGGGUGAGAAGCUCCGUCAUCUGGGAGGGGCUCGGAGUAGUACCGCUGCUCCUCCACGUCGAGAGGAGCCAGUUGAGGUGGUUCAGACAUCUAGUUGGGAUGUCUCCUGGACGCCUCCCUGGUGAGGUUUUCUGGCCACGUCUAACCGGGCAGACACCUAAAGGGAGACUCAGCACACGCUGGAGGGACUAUGUCUCAUGGCUGACCUUAGCAUUUUCCCGGAGGAGUUGGCCCAAGUGGCUGGGGAGAGUAAAGCCCGGGCCUCCCUGUUUAGGCUACUGACCCCGCAACCCAACCCUAGAUAAGCAGCCAAAAUUGAAUAGAUGGAUGGAUGGAUGGAUAGAAGGAUGGAUGGGUUCUGUUCAUGGUCAUUCUGAGCUUUGGAAACAUGAGGACAGCUUUAUUUAAACACAUGUUUUUAUCUUAUUUUUUUUCUGUACAUUAAAAUUUUGUUAUUUUACUGUUUUUCCAUCAUUUUUAAUUGCUUUUAAUAUAAGACCUUCAGUCUAUCU